AUGGCUCCGAAGAAAACAACCACCGGCAACAACUACACAGCCCCGCGACUGAUGGAUCAACGGCUGAGUUUGCUGAGCUCCGUUCAUUACUGGUUGCGAUGCAGGAGAAUACACAAGCGACGAUCCAAGCCUCGAUCAAUGCCAUGGGCGAGAUACGAGGAGUAUGAAGAGGACGACGAUCAUCGUCGUGUCCAUCAUACCGAUCACUUUGGGCGCGGCGCAGACCGUGAUAACCGAUGGGAGAACGGCUUUAAGGUCGAUAUUCCUGAAUUUCACGGUGGAAUUCGUGGUGAUGACCUCCUCGCUUGGAUCAUAUCAGUGGAGGAAGUCCUGGAUUUCAAACAAGUACUGGACAAUCGUCGGGUCCCGUUGGUGGCAAUGCGUUUUCGCGGUCACGCAGCUUCUUGGUGGAACCAACUCAAGUCUACAAGGACUCGUACUGGGAAGGAACCAAUCCAAUCUUGGGAAAGGCUUAAAAAACAUCUCCGUAAGACAUUCCUUCCACACAACUACGAUCGCACCAUGUACACUCGACUUCAGAACCUGAAACAGGGAAAUCGCAGCGUCGAUGAGUACGCGGAGGAAUUUUCCCAACUCUUAACAAGGAACGAACUCUACGACAGUCAGUUGCAACUCGUCGCUAGGUUCAUUGGUGGAUUACGCCCUCAGCAGCAGAAUGCAAUGGCGCAGUUUGAUCCGACCUCUGUUUCUGAAGCCCAUCGUCGCGCUGGUACUUUCGAACAACAAUUUCGCUCGUCGUGGAACAGUUCCACCGCACGGUCGCGAACAUCUGACCUUCCUGGUGCCUCCCCGACGAUACCGUCACGGGAUUCACUGGAUCAAACCGGUCCGGGCCAAAAGACAUCGUCCAACGUUGAUGAGACGCAACUACGUCGUUCCACACAACCAAAUGCGUUGCGUUGCUUUGGUUGUGGUGAAGCGGGUCACCGUCAAACAGCGUGCCCAAAUCAACCCAAGCGAGGCUUACUGUUGGAAGAGGAGAUUGACGACCAACCCCCAGUCUUUGAUGACGCAGAAGACCAUGACGAGCCAGAACUCAACAUACUUAUGACGACAGGGGAUAAGGGUACACUCUUGUUUCUCGACGAUCUCAAUGUGCUGCCAUCGUCGCAAUGGAUCAAUUCCUUCGGCGAGGAUAUCGAUGCCAAUCUCGCUUUGGACUUUCCACAGGAGUCACUCUCCUCCAGCCUGAUAUUACGGCGUUCCUCUGGUUCUCCUCCCGAUCACGACAAUCAGUGGUUACGCACAAAUAUCUUUCGCUCUUCGUGUACAAUCAAAGCCAAGAUAUGCAGCAUUGUGAUUGACUCAGGUAGUUCACGGAACGUGAUCGCUGCCGAUGCGGUCCAGAAAUUGGGAAUCUCAGCCGAAGCUCAUCCAGUUCCAUACUCGCUCUCAUGGGUACAGAACGGAUGUUCCUUACGCGUCACGCAUAGAGCGAUGGUUCCUUUUUCUAUCGGGGCACAUUAUUGCGAUGAGUUCUAUUUCGAUAUCGUGCCUAUGGACGUGAGUCACUUGAUCCUCGGCAGACCAUGGGAGUAUGACCCAAAAAUGACCAAAUCUGUGUUAACAUUUACAAACGCUAACACGCUAACAUGA